AUGGAAAUGAAUUUAUUUCAAAGUACUCCUCCCCUCCCCUCCCCCCCCCUAGCUUCCCAUUUUUUUGCCCGGCGUUGGUGGCGGCCAGCCAGACCAUCAUUCCGGAAAAUUUACGACCUGGGGCGCCAUUUGAUGACACAGCCAUUCACCCACCCAUCCUCCUCCCUUCCAUUCGCCUCUAGGCCACCACAAAACCACCCACGAAGCUGGGCGGUUGACCUUAGUGCCAACGUUUCUCUUGGUGAUGCUGGCUCUGUCAAAUUUUCUUCUUUCGUCCCCAUAGAUACCCUGUGA